AUGCCUCCGGCGCGCAAGGAUCUAAACAAGUCCAUCGCGAAGCGUGUCGGCAAGCGCCAGGCUUACCACCUCACAUGUCACAAUUGCCGCACCAGAAAAGUCAAAUGCGACGGCGCACAGCCUGAAUGUGGCAUCUGCAAAGCCUACUCUCAGCAGUGCCAGUAUGACAAGGCACCGCCGAUGAGCCAGGUUCUAGCAAUGGCAGAGAGAAUCGCACAGCUCGAGAAAGGUCUCGAUAUACAACGCGAAGACAAUCAGCAGCACGAUGUUUCAGAUGGUGCGAGCGUUGUUAUGGAGGUACCGAGUCCUACAGCAUCUCGAACAACCGCCUAUCGAUCGCCUGUUGACACUGUCACUUCCGCCAGCCAGGAAACUCCACAUUAUCCAUCAACAUCUGCUGUUGAGGACCCAGUAACCGGUCAAAAUGAGGAGAACUCCACGAGAUCGCCUUCUCUCACUGCAGUAAUGCCGACAAUGAACGAGGAACAGCUCCAGUACUGGGAGAAGUCCGCGGUGCAGGCUUGCGCCACACAGCUGCGCCUCCCAGAAGAAAGGAUUGAGCAUCUGCUUAAAACUCACUGGACCUGGGUGCUACCGAUGUUUUUGUUCUCUAAUCGCGUGCAAUUUGUGCGAGAUGCUGCAUCUGGGGGUCUGCAUGCCUCCGAGCUGCUUUUGUGUGUGAUAUGUCUGCAUUCCACUCGAUUCACGGAUCAUGCUUUAAGCGAGGAGCUAUUUGCUCGGGUACGCCUGUUGCUCGGUCAAGAGCUCCACCAGAAACCAAAGAUUCCGACUGUCCAAGCACUUCUGCAGCUCAGUGCUCGGGAAAUGGGCAAGGGGAGCAUUUCACAAGCAUGGUUAUACAGUGGAAUGGCAUUCCGAAUGGCCGUGGACAUGGGCAUUUUCACCAAAACCAAAGGACAGCCAUCCGAUCUCGAGCUCGAUCGUGUCCAUCAGCAGCUAGCCUGGUCCUGCUACACCUGGGACAAAAUCGUCAGCCUCUACCUGGGACGAGUACCUACGCUGCCUGAAGUACCGAAUUUCCCUCCCCCAGUAGUAGACGAAAUUACCGAGAAAAGCAUAUGGAUUCCCUAUGGUGCGGAAACCCUCAGUGCCUGGCAGCCGAUGUUCUCGUAUACUUACUCGGCGUUCGAGAACUUCUGCAAGCUCGUGGUCAUCAUUCAUGACAUUUUGAUCACUGUUUACGCCAAAAAUCGACCUCAGCAAAUCACCUACUUCGUGAACCAGACACGCCAGCGACUCGAAGAAUGGCACAAAGACACACCGCCUCAUCUCAAAGCCGGGAGCGUACCAGAUCAAUGCCCUCCUCCGCAUAUUCUGACUCAGAUCAUGCUCUACUAUACUACGCUCAUCCUCCUACACAGGCCAUUCCGCAGUAACUCGCAAUGCCAGACGAUCUGUCGCGAUGCGGCAAGGCAGUGUGAAGAGCUCAUCCUCUCGUUCGAAAAGUCGUUCGGUCUGUCCCACGUCACAUAUCUGAUAGCAUACUGUUCAUACACAGCCGCUACCGUUGCCCUCCAGGAUCUUCACGAUGGUAUUGAAGGGUCCCAAACCAGAGUGAACACAUACCUCCGGGCACUCUAUUCGGUCAGGGCUGGAACUCCGGGCAUCCAGCGGAGCAUUGAUAUCAUCGUUCGCAAUCUCGAUCGACGAACCCCCGCCCCCAAACCACAGACCGAGUCGACAAACCAGGACUUGCAAAUGCCGAUCGAUGCGCUGCCCGCAUUUCCGUUCGAUGUCAAUUGUGAUCUGAUGAACUUCACCACCGGUGACGUGGAGAGCUUGCCAAUUGGAGGCCUCGACUCGUUUGCUUACGGAUUUGUGACAACACCGAGCGACAAUUAUGCCAACAUCUUCUGA